AUGGAGAUCGACUCAUGGUGCGAUUCCGACGCCGGAAACAUCAGUUGGCGGCGGAGCUACUCCGGCAGAGACUACGAUCCGUUCGUCUCCUAUAAGUUGCCGGUGAACAGAUCGAGCAAAGGACCGAUCUGGAGAUUUUUAUGGAGGAAGAUCAGAAAAGAGAAAAGGCGAGUUUUCGAUUGUUCAAAUUCAAUGCGGUUUACUUAUGAUCCUCAUUCUUAUUCCCAGAAUUUCGAUGAUCAGAGUUCUAUUUUUGCUGAUGAAGAUGAACUUUCUAGAUCAUUCUCUGCUCGGUUUGCUGUUCCUUCUAGAAUCUUCCCCAAAAAUGACUUAGUUGCUUAA